ACACCCUCGGCUUUUUAGUCUGGAUAAGCCAUACAUGUAUAUCUAUGAAACUUUCGGGAGCAUAACUUGUUGGGAAUUCCGAGAUAUGUAGGUUAGUGCGAAGUACGAAGCUGCAGGCCUGUACGUGUACAGCAACAUAAUGGCGACCAGCUCAUGCAAAAGGCGGAAUCCUGAAGAGUCGGAGCUGAGCUUCAGUAAAAAAGUCAGCCGGAAUCUGCGUGACAACAGACCGAUGUUUAUCCGCUACCUGCGCUGUACGGAAUGCCUGCCAAACGUCUGUGGAGUGAUAGACGGAUUUGAUCGCGCCUUUUCAUCCAAAGUGCGGAGAGUUUUUAAGACGAAAGGAGAUGAAGAUGCCAACGAGGUGUUUCUGAAGACAUUGGAGGAGAGCGAAGAUAAGGGAAAGUGGAAUACUUUCAUCAACACUCUACAGUAUCUAGAAUACGAAAUGCUCAGUAAGCUUUUGACAGGGGAGCCCGUUGUCACCCACAGAGAAAGAUAUGUGAAGCUUGUUGAACUGCUAACUUCUGUAAUCAUAACGAACAUGAACCCUGUCGCAUUGUUGCCGCAUCUGGUACAGGAAGCGUGUCUCAAUGACAGAGACAAGCAGAACAUCGAAUGUACAGCCAGGGAACAAGGUUACAUAGAGGCGACAGAGCUCCUGCUGAGCCGUGUGACACGACUCAAAGACGACUGGUUUCGUGGGUUCAUGACAGCUUUGCAGCGCGUCGGGGUGAUCGGGUUGAUGAAGGAAAUUGACCCGGAUUACGCCGAAAAAAUGCUAGCUGGGCCCGAACAAAGCUGCGAUGUUCCAGAAUUAUCAACGGAGUUAUCUGCUCUUGAUCUGGACCAAACCGAGGCAAACCUCACAGACACCGCCUCAACAAUUUCAGCUGAUGUCUUUUCUACAUGCAAAGAUAGCGAAGAGGACACUUUGGAUUCCACCUCAAGUGACAGUUCAAUAAUACUCCGGGAGUACCAGCGGGAGUGGUUCGAAUCUCUGUCCACGGGUCAAAACACCUUUCUAAUGGGUCCAAGAAAAAGUGGCAAAACUGUUGCCGCGCUCAAAUUUAUCCAGGAACACUUGUCAUCAGUGGGCACAUCUCGUGGUAAAGUGGUUUACAUAUGCAGAGGCGAGGCUAGAAUGCCACAUCUGGAGAAACAGUGUAAUACCUUCCUGACAAAUGUAACUACCACUGUCAUCCAAGGAUCAAGAUCGGUCAGCCGAAGCCUGGAUGAAAUCCUGCAACACUGCAGUCUGGCGAUCAUGAUUGGAGAGACCUUCCACAAUGCGUUAAGGGAAAGAACAGCUGGCUUCGGCGAUUUCUCUCUUGUGAUACUAGAGCUUGGAGAAGAUUACUUUGUUCAAGAUAGACAUGUUUACAAGAAAAUAAUGCCAUUCUUCCAGAAGCUGAAGGCCUGUUCAGAGUCGGGGACCUCACAACCUCAGAUUCUGGUGCUCUCUGCCUCUUUUUGUGAAAGUCGAAGUGGAUGGCCUUUGAGGGAUACGUUUGGGGUAGCCAUGGAAACGUGCGCAGAGUUUGACGCAAAGAACACUGCACUCGUUGAGACCAGUAUGGGAUCGCUGAGAAAAUUUGUAGCUAUCCCACUGGUUGAGCACACACCAGUGAUGGAGAGACGCAAUAAGGAAUUCUCUGAUAUCAUAGAAGAGCUGAUGUUCGCGUAGAAAAAGCCGUGGAAAAGAAACAUGCCUGCUUGAAUCGACAUGAGGACGAACCAAUCACCAAGAUGUCCGAACUAUCCAAUGCCCAUCUGAUAGGAUGUCAGUGAUCUACAUGACCUGGUUAAAAACCAAUAAAUCAACCCU